AUGGCAUCAGCAGCUAUCGAAUUGGGAGACUUUACUUGUAGCAUUUGCCGUGAAAUAUUCGAAAAUCCCGUUAGUCUUUCUUGUUCGCAUUCUUAUUGUCAAUCAUGUUUAAGCGGUCUGAGAAAACCACCAUCAUCACCACCAUCAACGAGUUCGCUAUUAAAUGAAACAUCAUCUACCAUAACAUAUGGAUCUCUUAUUUAUAAACCAAAAUUUUAUGAAACCGAUCAAUGUUUUAUUUGUGCUAUAUGUCGAACAGAAUCAUUAGGAUAUUCAGAUUGCCGGGAUCUAGAGGUUGAUUUAAAGACGCUUGAGGGAAUAUGUCCUCAUUGUUCGAAACCAUUUAUGUUAUGUAAUUUACGAAAACAUCUUGAGAACUGUACACCAUCAAAGCCAAACGUAGGUGUUGAAGAUAUUAAAAGAAUUUUUACCCCGAAUUUUCUACAACAAUUAUCAAAACCACAAGCUGAAGCAUUACAAAAAGCACGAGAUGGAGAGAAUCGUUCAACAUUUCAAUGUCCUUAUUGUCCAAGAUCAAAUUUUACUGUAGAAAAUCUUUGUAAACAUAUAGAAGAAAAUCAUUUAGAUGAUGAUCCACGUCGAGUUUGUUCAAUUUGUGCAUCAAUGCCAUGGGGCGAUAGAGAACGAGUUUCAACAAACGUUUAUCAACAUAUUUUAGGUCGUCAUCGGUUUAAUUAUGAAACAUAUGUUAAUUAUGAACAAGAUGAAGAAACAAUGAUUGCUGAAGCUGUUGAAAGAUCAAUGUUUAAGCAUUGA